AUGCCUUGCCCGGCCCAGAUUUCGGAUGAGCUGGAGUUCUUUGUGAACGGGAAGAAGGUGACAGAGAAGAAUGCGGACCCAGAAGUCACUCUGCUGGCCUUCCUGAGAAAGAACUUACGCCUCACAGGAACGAAGUACGCCUGUGGAACAGGCGGCUGUGGGGCCUGCACGGUGAUGGUGUCGCAGCACGAUCCAGUUUGCAAGAAGACAAGACACUUCUCUGUCAUGGCAUGCCUGGUGCCCCUGUGCUCCCUGCAUGGAGCUGCUGUCACCACUGUGGAAGGUGUGGGAAGCAUCACGACCAGGCUCCACCCUGUGCAGGAGAGAAUCGCCAAGAGCCACGGCACGCAGUGUGGCUUCUGCACCCCUGGGAUGGUGAUGUCCAUCUACACACUGCUCAGGAAUCACCCGCAGCCCUCCGAGGAACAGCUGCUGGAAGCCCUGGGAGGUAACCUCUGCCGGUGCACUGGGUAUCGGCCCAUUCUGGAGAGUGGCAGGAGCUUCUGUGUGGAGUCACACGGUUGUCCACAGAAAGGAACAGGACAGUGCUGCUUGGAUCAGAAGGAAAAUGACUCACCCGGAAGCAAAAGUGAUAUUUGCACGGAGCUCUUUGUGAAAGACGAGUUCCAGCCCUUGGACCCGACCCAGGAGCUCAUAUUUCCUCCAGAACUCCUGAGGAUGGCUGAGAACCCAGAGAAGCGAACCCUAACCUUUUAUGGAGAGAGAAUUACCUGGAUCGCCCCAGGAACCCUCCAAGAACUCUUGGUGCUGAAAGCCAAGUACCCUGAAGCCCCUCUCCUCUCAGGCAACACGACUCUGGGUCCAGCUAUGAAGUCUCAAGGGCACUUUUACCCAGUUCUCCUGUCUCCUGCUAGAAUUCCUGAUCUAAGAAUGGUGACUAAAACCAGUGGCGGACUGACCAUAGGUGCCUGCUGCAGCCUGGCUCAGGUGAAGGACAUCUUGGCUGAGAGCAUCUCUGAGCUCCCGGAGGAGAAAACUCAGACCUACCGAGCUCUCCUGAAACACCUCCGGAGCCUGGCAGGGCAGCAGAUCCGGAACAUGGCGUCUUUAGGUGGACAUAUUAUAAGCAGACAUUCCUACUCGGACCUGAAUCCCAUCCUCUCUGUGGGCAAUGCCACACUCCAUCUGUUGUCAGAAGAAGGCCUGCGGCAGAUUCCCCUCAAUGGACAUUUUCUUGCUGGGUUGGCAAAUUCAGACCUGAAGCCAGAAGAGAUUCUGGGAUCUGUGUAUAUCCCCCACUCUCAGAAGGGGGAGUUUGUGUCUGCCUUCCGGCAGGCCCAGAGCCAUCAGAACGCCUUGCCUGACAUAAAUGCUGGCAUGAGAGUCCUGUUCAAAGAAAGCACAGACGUCAUUGAAGAGCUGAGCAUUGCCUAUGGAGGGGCGGGGCCCACCACUGUCUGCGCACACAGGUCCUGCCAGCAACUCCUGGGCCGGCGCUGGAACGCACUGAUGCUAGAUGAGGCUUGCAGACUGCUUCUGGAUGAGGUCUCCCUCCCAGGAUCAGCCCUAGGAGGCAAAGUGGAAUUCAGGAGGACUCUGAUUGUCAGCUUCUUCUUCAAGUUCUACUUGGAGGUUCUACAGGAACUGAAGGCCGGCGAGAAGCUGCCCCCUGAAUCUACCGACAGCCAGCGUUAUCCAGAGAUCGUAGACCGGUUCCUAAGCUCUCUGGGAGAUUUCCAGGUCACGCUACCCCGGGGAGUCCAAACAUUCCAGAGAGUAGAUUCUCAACAACCCCUCCAAGAUCCAGUUGGACGUCCCAUCAUGCACCUGUCAGGUCUUAAACACGCCACAGGGGAAGCUGUAUUUUGUGAUGACAUCCCCAGGGUGGAUAAAGAACUUUUCAUGGCUUUAGUGACCAGUACCAGAGCUCACGCAAGAAUCAUAUCAAUCGACUCAUCUGAGGUCCUUGGCCUGCCUGGUGUGGUUGAUGUCAUAACAGCUGAAGACAUUCCAGGCAACAAUGGUGAAGAGGAUGACAAAUUACUGGCUGUAGAUAAGGUUCUCUGUGUGGGCCAGAUCAUCUGUGCUGUGGUAGCAGAGACUGAUGUUCAGGCAAAACGAGCAACUGAGAAAAUAAAAAUCACCUACGAGGAUCUGGAACCUGUGAUUUUCACCAUCGAGGAUGCCAUAAAGCACAAUUCAUUCCUGUGUCCAGAAAAAAAGCUUGAACAAGGAAACAUCGAGGAGGCAUUUGAAAACGUGGAUCAGAUAGUUGAAGGGAAGGUCCAUGUUGGAGGGCAAGAACACUUCUACAUGGAAACACAGAGAGUGCUUGUGAUUCCAAAGACAGAAGACAAAGAGCUGGACAUGUAUGUGUCCACCCAGGAUCCAGCCCACGUGCAGAAAACAGUGUCCUCUGUGUUAAACAUCCCGGUCAGCAGGAUCACCUGCCACGUGAAACGGGUGGGUGGAGGCUUUGGAGGAAAGGUGGGGAGACCGGCUGUGUUCGGAGCAAUCGCUGCAGUGGGUGCUGUCAAAACUGGCCAUCCCAUUCGUCUUGUUCUGGAUCGUGAAGAUGAUAUGUUAAUAACUGGGGGAAGACACCCAUUAUUUGCAAAAUACAAAGUGGGCUUCAUGAACAGUGGACGGAUCAAAGCCCUCGACAUUGAAUGCUACAUCAAUGGAGGAUGCACGCUGGAUGAUUCGGAGCUGGUAACAGAAUUUCUUGUACUAAAACUGGAAAAUGCAUAUAAAAUCCACAACCUCAGACUCCGGGGUCGUGCCUGCAUGACAAACUUGCCAUCUAAUACAGCUUUUCGUGGGUUUGGCUUCCCACAGGGAGUCCUGGUAACAGAAUCUUGCAUCACAGCUGUGGCAGCCAAAUGUGGGCUUCCACCAGAAAAGGUUAGGGAGAAAAACAUGUACAAAACAGUUGAUAAAACCAUCUACAAACAAGCGUUCAGCCCCGAGCCCCUGAUAAGAUGUUGGAACGAGUGUCUGGACAAGUCUUCCUUUCACCUCAGAAGGGCAAGAGUGGACGAGUUCAAUAAGAAGAGUUACUGGAAGAAGCGAGGCAUCGCUAUUGUCCCCAUGAAGUUUUCAGUUGGCUUUGCUGCGACAAGCUAUCAUCAGGCGGCCGCGCUCGUUCAUAUUUACACCGAUGGCUCUGUGUUGGUGGCGCAUGGAGGCAAUGAACUGGGACAAGGCAUUCACACCAAAAUGUUACAGGUGGCCAGCCGUGAAUUGAAAAUACCCAUGUCUUACCUGCACAUCUGCGAAACAAGCACAGCAACAGUGCCCAACACAAUCGCCACAGCCGCGUCCGUCGGAGCCGAUGUCAACGGCAGGGCUGUGCAGAAUGCCUGUCAGAUCCUUCUCAAACGUCUUGAGCCCAUCAUUAAGAAAAACCCAGAAGGCACAUGGAGAGACUGGGUAGAAGCAGCAUUUGAACAAAGAAUCAGUCUUUCAGCCACUGGAUACUUCAGGGGCUACAAGGCCUUCAUGGACUGGGAGAAGGGAGAGGGAGACCCGUUCCCAUACUACGUCUAUGGAGCCGCGUGUUCUGAGGUUGAAAUUGACUGCCUGACGGGUGCUCACAAGAAAAUCAGAACCGACAUUGUCAUGGACGCAUGUUGCAGUCUGAAUCCAGCCAUUGAUGUUGGGCAGAUUGAAGGCGCAUUUAUUCAAGGAAUGGGCCUUUAUACCACCGAGGAGCUAUUCUACUCUCCAGAGGGUGUCCUGUACUCCCGGAGCCUGGACAAGUACAAAAUCCCAACUGUCACUGAUGUCCCGGAGCAGUUUAAUGUGUCCUUGCUGCCCUCGUCUCAGACCCCGCUCACCAUCUACUCGUCAAAGGGCCUCGGGGAGUCUGGGAUGUUCCUAGGGUCAUCUGUGUUCUUUGCCAUUGUUGAUGCGGUGGCUGCGGCACGGAGACAGAGAGACUUAGCCGAGGACUUCACAGUGAAGAGCCCGGCAACCCCAGAGCGGGUGCGGAUGGCCUGUGCAGAUCGGUUCACCGACAUGAUCCCGAGAGAUGACCCAAAGACAUUUAAACCUUGGUCUAUACCUAUAGCUUAAGCGGCUGUCAUUUUCUAAGAGUGUCCUCAGCCUAGAAGCCGCCAGACAAGCACUGCAAUGUUUGAAGCACGUUUCAUGAUUUGUCUUUGAAAACACUGAGGAAAUGUUGCUGCAGAAGGAGCGGAAAGGAAAGGAGAUCUCUUGUGCAGACUCCGUUUUGGCCUGAAAGACCCUCCCGGCAGCUAGACAUGGGAUGCCUCUGACCUGGAGCCACCGAGCCUUAGCAGGGCGAGAUUUCUACAAGAAUUUCUUCCUUUUUUCCUCAGCCUCACCAGGGACAGGCUGUGGGUCUAUGUAUGUGUAUUUAACAGAAAAGAAGUGGUAUUUUCCUUGUGUUGGAUAAUUUUUCAGCAAGUGGACAUUCCUUUGGAAUUUGGAGGGGAAAAACAGUGUACAGAGUUUUGAAUGCAAAACAUCACAUGAUGUUUUGCCUUUAUUUGUGUGGGACUUUUUUGUUUGCUUGCUUUUGUUUUGUUUGGCUUUUUAUGGAAAACAUCUGAUCUGAUAGCAGAGCUUCAGAAAUACUGGAUAGCUCAGUUUCUCAGACUUGGAAACAGGCAACAGGGAGUAAAUGAAUCAUAAUUGUUAUCAACCUCGUAUUGGGAUUUAAGAUACUUAGGAUUUAAAAUGUAGGUCGGUGAUGGAGGGUGAUAGAAUGUUCUGUGUCAGUCCUGAGUUUGAACCCCAGCACAACAAAAAUGAAACUAAAAACAGUAAAGAUGAUAAAAGAUGCAGGGUCCAUGGAAGUCCAAACGGGUUUUAAGGGUUUUCAAAGGAGCAGAAAGCUGCAUACAAAUUGGGUCUAUUGACCAGAAACUGGUCAUUCUACCAGCCAGGAUUCACAAGUCCUAGUGGGCAGACUCCAGAAGUGGGUGAGAGGCUGAGGUGAGGGGUGACUCGUGAGCAUGGGAAAGAGGCUCCCAUCACCCAAGGCCACGGGCAAACGGGCUCUCAGGGAGCAGGGGACAGCUGUCCUUAAGUCCAUCCACUGACUGAGAGGUUCCCUGGCCACAGGAGCCCAGGGCAGAAGCAAGCGCAGGAGAGAGGACUGUGGGGCAGAAGGGUCAGAACAGGACAGUUAAGGCGCAAGGGCAGAAGGCAGAGAACUUUCGGGGUGGCUGAGAUGAAAAAUUGAAAUUAAUAAAAUAUAUCUAACUCUUUUGAAAACAAAUUCCUCAGUGUAAAAAUCUAAUGAAAAUGUCAGAAAUUUGCUUUAUCAUUUGUAUUAUUUUAAAUGGUUAUACACAUAGUUUUUUUUUUAAUUUGGUUUCUUAGGGUAACUUAGGUUAUUUUUUUAAUAAGGUUACUGGAAAUAUAUUUUCUUUGUCAUGAGUAUUUUUAAAUACUAAAAUAAGUGGGAUUUGCAUAUAAAUGUUUCCUGGAAGUUGAUGUACUAGAAUCUGUAGUAUAAAUCUUAACAAAAUACUUUUUAAAAAAUCACAUUUGAGGGGGCUGGAGAGAUGACUCAACCGUUAAGAGCACUAACUACUCUUCCUGAGGUUCUGAGUUCAAAUCCCAGAAACCACAUGGUGGCUCGCAACCAUCCAUAAUGAAAUCUGACGCCUUCUUCUAGUGUGUCUGAAGACAGCUACAGUGUACUUAAAUAUAACGAUAAAUAAAUCUUUAAGCUGGAGCCGGAGUGAGCAGAGGUCCUGAGUUCAAAUCCCAGCAACCACAUGAUGGCCCACAACCAUCAGUACAGCUACAGUGCUCAUAUACAUUAAAUAAAUAAAUAAAUAAAUACACCUUUUAAAAAAAUUUUUUUAAAAAAUCCUAUUUGAGCCGGUGGCACAUGCCUUUAAUACCAGCACUUGGGAGGCAGAGGCAGGAGGAUUUCUGAGUUCAAGGCUGAGAGUCUACAGAGUGAUUUCCAGGAUAGUCAGGGCUGUACAGAGAAAGCCUGUCUCGAAAAACCACAAAAAAAUAAAAAAUAAAAAUAAACAUUAUAUUUGAAUCAAAACCAGCCUGGUCUACAUAAUGAGUUGCAGGCCAGUUAGGGCUAUAGAGUGAGACUGUGUUUCACACACACACAAAAAAUUACAUUUGAAGUCAUAUAUUUGAAACUUAUUGUCUGGAUUUAUCAGCAGCCUGGGGCACAAGCUGGAGACAGACAGCCCUACAUGGCAACCUGACGCAUUCUUCUCAA